AUGGGCAAGACUGAAAAGGAACGACGUGUGCGACGUCGCAAGAAACCACGCCCGGAGCCCCGUGCCCCAUCUCAGAUCGACCCGUGCGGGCCCACGGGCCCGAAACUGGGCGGAAACGCCCGGAGCGAAAAGAUGGCAUCGCCAGGACCUCCGGGUUCGUGCUCGUGCCGCUGUUGUUCCUCUGGAUACGCCCGGUGCGCGGCGCGGCACUCGGUCGCCCCGGGCGCGGACCCCGCGGCCUGCGGGCCUUGCCGCCCCGAGUGGGCCGGGCUCGCCCGGUGCGCUGUGUCCGAGGUGCUCGGCCGCGCGGAGCCCGUGCUGGCAGCGGAGGCCCAGGUGCAGACGCGGGGCCAGAUCGAGUUCAACGAGCGCAUGCACGCGGUCGGCACGCCGCGCAUGUGCAACGGGCAAGCGCUCGACUUCACCACACGGCGCAGCUGCCGGCAGCGGUACACCGGCUACGGUGGCGGGAGCGGGGAGGCGGAGGACCUGUGGAGGGACUGCGUAUGGCCUUUGCACCGCAAGGCU